AUGAAGUCUUCAGACGAGGACGAGGACGCUGGUGUCGCCUCAGACGAGGAGGAGGAGGAGGAGGAGGAGGAGGAGGAGGAGGAGGACAACAUGAACAACAACAACAUCGACGGUUUUACUACCACGCAAACAACUACGAGUACGAGUAAAGCGAGAAGUAUACGCGCGUCGAGAAUGGCGAGCGUUCUUUUACACCAUCUGGCAAAACGAGAACACUUGACGUGCGCGUCGCUGGAUAUCGUGCGGAAGAUGAAGGAGAAGCGGAAAGGCGUGUUUGUCCUCGCGAGCGAAGAAGAAGAAGAAGCAGGAGGAGGAGAAGAAACAGAAUCCUACCCGCUCUUGCUGGACGAGUUGGCAAAAAGCGUCGCUUUGAUCAAUCAAGCGUCGUCGAUGGCGAGGAAUCGUGAUGGCGACGAUACUACUAUUCGCGCGUUUGCGUCGAUGUCGUCGAGAGUUUCGUCGCAUGCUAGGAAACGAACGCUCGCGGUCGCGGAAGAGUGUCGACGCGCGUUGACGACCAUUCUGAGACGCUCGCUGAAACGAACGAAUUGGCCACCUCCGUUGACGCCUUCGCAGUUGAGCGAGUACGAGUGGAACGAUGGUGAGAGUGAGAGUAAUGGGGUAGUAAUCAGUCGAUGUUGCGAGCUGUUGUUUGUGUUGCAAACCGCGUUAGAAAGCGAUAUUUUUAUCAGCGGCGAUAAUAGAAAAGAUAGUAUAGAUAUUAGAGUCGGUCAGUACGAUUUCGUGGCCGAAACUUUUGCCUUAGCCGUUCAAAAACGGUUCGUGAAAGCCUUUGCGAGCGCGCAACAUUCGAGAGCGCCGGAGUUGAUGUUGAAUUGUUGCGCGAAACAGAUUGAGUUUGUGCCAUCGUUCGUCGCCUCGGCGUUGAUUCAGUGCAACAAAGACGAGAAGGACAACGAUGACGCUGGUAGUAAUGACACGACUUCUUUCUUAGAGGAACUGUUCGAGAAACGUGCCAGCGCAUUUGCUUCUACGAUCGCAUCCGCGCUCAGCGAUUCAGCUCGCGCGCUGUUGGAAGACGUGUACUGCGCCAAGUGUGAAUCGGACGCGAAAAAAUGGUGGCUGCACUUGGCAGAUUGCGCCAUCGCGUUUGACGAAAAGUGUGAGAAAGAUUUCGGACGGUUUUCGAACGCACCGAAAUGCUUAGACGUGUUGGCGGACGGAAGCGAAGAUUGGAAGGUGUCCUGGUUGUUGUCGGAAUUAGAGGCGAGUUGGAACGAGAUUAAACCGCUGUUGGAUUCCAAAGAUGCGGGAUGGGAGUGCGAAGCGAGCGGAUACGCAGAAGGGUCUCCAGACGACAUCGAAAGGGACGCGUUUUAUGUGGAUGUUGAAGAUGACGGAACUUUACCCGGCGUAACCGCGCCUAAAGUCUCGACCGUUCUCGCUACUCUGCUCGCAAAUUUAGUCGCGAGAAGCGAAAAACUUUCAGACGACGAACACAAAGUUGAGUUUCUCGCGAGAGUGCCGGCGCUUCUAGUCGAGAAGUUUCGCGACGCCGUCGAUGACAAGGCGAACGAAGUCGAACACGAUUUGUUUUCUGAAAACAUGGACGUUGUCACGCGCGCGGUGAUUCGAAUUGGAGCGUGCAUCGCGGCGUCGUUGAAGAUUGAGGAAACUUUGAGCGAACUUUCCGAGUUGCCGUUUUUAGUCGACCUGGUAAGAGGGUACAAAAGAGACGACGACGACGAGGAUGACAACGAAGACGAUAACAUCGAAGGCGUUUUUGACGACGAAUGCAAGAUGUUUAAAGACUUGCGAGAGGUAUGGAUUGAUCGCUUAGCGAACGUCGCGGUGGGUAAAUCGUGCGACGCUUUGGAUGGGUACAGAUCCUACGCUUCCGCCUUGCGCUUUACGAAAUGCGGCGUCGGCGUUAAAAACGACGACGAUGAUCGAGAAAACACUUCGCCUCCUGCGUCUCCAUCUUCUCAGUUUCCGACCAAAGCGAGUCAUCUCCUUUUAGUCGGUCUUCCCGCUCUUCGCGCGUGGCUCGCGCUUCUCCACAGAUCUCUCGAUUCUCGAGCGUUCCAACGCGUUUGGCGAAAAAUCUGCACGUCAGUUUCCAAGCGCUGUUUCUCGGAUGAUAUCGUUCGCUACCUCCUCGAAAAGCAAAAGAAAGAAAUGUCCGAGGAAGGCAUAAACCAGUUCGCGAUUGAUGUGGACACGUACGUGGCCACUUUUGUUCCGUAUUCUACGAAUAGAGAAGCAGUCGCUCUGGCGAUCGACCGGCGCGUUCGAGACUUCUUGAGCGGCAAAGUUUAA